GUGGAAUUACUUUUGUUGCGAGGGUGUGGUCCGUCCUUUCUGUUCAAAUUAUAGAGAGGAACCGGUUCAAACCGAGCACGAAUUGACCGAUCUCUGUUGCCGCCAAUACGGAAAUGGUAGGGCAGAAAAAUGGGGGACGAAAAAAAGCUUCGAACAACAGCGCUGGAACAACAACGACAACCACAACACCAACGAACGACGACGGGCACCAGACGAGCAUGAGCACCAGGAGGAAAGCGGCGACGAAGAGYGGCGAGUGGCCCGAUCCGGACUUUGAUUUCGCGGUAUACUUCGAAAAGACGCUGUCAGAGGUGAAAGAAGAACGAGAAAGCGGAGUCAGAUCUUCGUCCACGCGGGAAGCCCUGAAAUGGUUUGCGGGAUUGCCAAAAUCCCAGCGCGAUGUCUUAAACAUGGGCAUUCAGGCGAUCACCUACAAGGGGGCCAUGGAUGCAGCCAAGAGGCAGCUCGAAUCUAUGGUUCACCAGGCAGGAAGGACGGCCGGUGGAAGCAGCAGCAGCGGGAACAACGGUGGAUCGGGUUCUUCCAAGAACAAAAACAACACAACAAAUGCCAACGGCAACGCCUCAUCGGGAGCUCCCGGCCAGACUGCGAAUUCUAACUCUAGCAAUAUCGGCAGCAAUGGCAACCGAAAGGAAGCGAGCAGUGCGAGAGACCGAAACGGCAAGAGUAGCUCGAACAGCAACAACAAUCGCCAGAGCCAGAGGCUACAGCAACAGCAUCCCAGCAGCAGAUCGAGCAACGACGGCAACAACCGCAGGUGGCAGCAACAACCACACAACAACAACAGCAACAACGAUUCCGGUGACUCCUACUACGGAAGCGGGGGAGGAGGUGGCAGUGGUUCGUACGACGACUACAAGGGUCGGAGAGGGGGUGGACCGCCACCGCCCAAGGGACACGGCAAUUACUCUCCCUACGACAGCUACGGGCCGCCCCCGCCCCACAUGCACCCCCACCAGCCUCCUCCCCAGGGCGGUGGGGGCUUUGGCGACCACCGGUACAGCGAUCGAUACCACGAUUCGCAGCCACACUCGUUCGGGGAUGGAGGCAUGGGAAGGUACCGCGACCGGGUGGGCCGGAGCCGCAGCAGUCGCGGAAGAACCCAGGCGGUKGACGACUACGAGCGGGACCGGGAGUACCGGAGGAGCGUCCAGGCGGACGACCCGUACUACAACAGCAGCAGGCGGCGGUCCAGCCGGUCGCCCUCCCCCACGUCGCGUCGGAGCCAAYCGAUGGACGACGACUACGAUGGCUACCACCGCCGGAGCGGUGAAAGAAGCCGGGGCAGUGGGUACCACCAAAGCAGCCGGAGGAGGCGGUCCUGGUCCUAUUCGUCGUCGUCCAGCUCCUCCUCCUCCUCUUCGUCGUCUUCCUCCUCCUCCUCGAGCUCCGACAGCAGCGUCGGCAACGGUCGCYGGCGGUCUUCGCGCCGGAGCAGUGGCAGGCGGAGCAGCAGCCGGCGGUCGCCCUCGUACGAAACCAGCAACCGGUCUUCCCGCAGCGGCGGGCGGGGGAGCAGCAGCCGGCGCAGCAGCAACCGGACCCGGAGCUCUCGCCGCACCAGCAACAGCCGGCGGACCUCCGGAUCGGUGUCUCGGUCGAGGUCUAGGUCUCGUUCCUGUUCCAGGGAAUCGUCUUCGCUGAGGCAGAGGGACGGCGGCAGCCGAAGGAGCAGCAGCCGCCGGUCCUCGUCGCACCACCACGGCAGCACCCGGCGCGACCGCGACCGGGACGAAAAAACGGCAGACUCCUCCGAAAGCCUGCCACCGGACAGGGACAGCAAGCAGGAGUCCUCGAGGAACAGUCCCUCUCCCCCCACGACRCGAUCCACGUCCACCCGCAGGUCGAGCCGCAGGAGGCACCACCACGAUCGAUCCGAGAGCAGGAGUCCCGAGCACCGGAGCAGCAGCAAGCGCAAGCGGGGAGCCGACCGAAAGAGGGAUKCCAGCAGCGACGAGGACAGCAGCCAGGACGGAGACGCAUCGUCCCCGCCCCCGAGGUCGAGCCGAUCGUCGCGGCGGAGCAAGAGCAGCCGGCACGGAAGCAGCAGCGGUGGCCACCGGUCGUCCAGGCGAAGCAGCAGCGACUACGAUCGAUACGAUCGCGAGGACAGCCGGGACAAGAACCCCAGCAGCUCGGAAAAGAAGAAACGCGGCUCGUCGUUUUCCUCCAAGAAGAGGAAGCGCAGCAGCCGAAGCGAUCGCUUGUCCUCUUCUCGACACCACAAAUCCUCGUCGCGGAAGCACUCUUCGUCGUCCCGUGGCGAGCACCGCGAGAAGGACCCGCAGGACAAGCACCAGUCGUCCAAGGGCGAGAAGCCACCAAAAGAACAACCGCAAUCCCCACCCCCGCCCGGGGGUUCCUCGCAGCAAGCAGAGGGUGGGAGCGAUGCCAAGGACGACAGAGAUCAGCGACGAGAACUUUCUGCGUCGCCGUAGAGCAAUCGCAGGAACCAAUGGAUUGCAUUGCACUGCACGUGAACUGCACUCGGAGCAAUCCAUGGAACCUUUCUCUGCAGAUUGUUCAAACCAAUAACUACGAAGUACAACA